CGGUAGAAGCAGGAAGCGCGAAGAUGGCGGCCGGGCAGUCGGAGCUGUUGAUCGGAUGGUGUGUGUUCGGGCUGCUGCUCCUGGCCAUUUUUGCUUUUUGCUGGGUUUACGUCCGAAAAUACCAAAGUCGUCGGGAAAGUGAAGUGAUUUCUACUAUUACAGCAAUCUUUUCGCUAGCUAUUGCUCUGAUCACCUCUGCGCUGCUGCCUGUGGACAUUUUUCUGGUCUCUUUUAUGAAGUAUGAAAAUGGCACGUUUAAGGACUGGGCAGAAAAUAAUACCACACGCUCUCAGAUAGAGAAUACUGUUUUAAUUGGCUAUUACACCUUUUAUUCGGUGAUUCUGUUCUGUGUAUUUUUAUGGAUACCAUUUGUAUAUUUUUACUAUGAAGGAAAGGAUGAAGAGGACAGUAAUCACUGCUCGCAAAUAAACAGUGCUCUGAAGUACACAUUUGGAUUCAUUCUAGUGUGCGCAUGUCUACUUCUUGUUGGAGCAUUUGUUCCCCUUGAUAUUCCUACAAACAAAAAUAUCACUGAAUUUGAUAAAAUCAAGAUCAUAUUUCAAGAACUUGGCAGCAGUCGUGGUUUGGAUGCAUUGUCAUUCUCCAUUAGUUCCUUAACCUUGAUUGGAAUGUUAGCAACUAUCACCUACACCGCUUAUGGCAUGUCUGCCCUGCCUUUGAUCUUGAUUAAAGGUACAAGAAAUGCACAUUAUGAACGUUUGGAAAACACUGAAGAUAUUGAAGAGGUGGAACAGCAAGUUGCAAGAUUGAAAUCAAAGUGCAAGGAUGGCAGACCAUUAUCAAGUAAGGACAGACAAAGCCUUUAUAAACUUGAAGAAAAGCUGAAGACGUUGCAAAGGAGAGAGCGACAUCUUGAAUAUCAUGAAAAGAAUUGCUGGACGAAAUGUUGUAGUAUCAUGCGGCCAUUUAAGAUCGUUUGGGGCAUAUUCUUUAUCCUUGUGGCCCUUUUGAUCAUAGUAUCACUCUUUCUUUCCAACCUUGAUAAAGCUCUUCAUUCUGCUGGCAUUGACACAGGAUUCAUUAUGUUUGGCACCAACAUUACAAAUCCAUUGAAUAUUCUUCUUCCAGUUCUGCAAAGGGUUUUCCCUCUUGAUUAUAUCCUGAUUACAGUCAUCAUCAUGUACUUUGUAUUUACUUCAAUGGCUGGUAUCCGGAACAUGGGUGUAUGGUUCUUUUGGCUGCGGUUGUAUAAAAUUAGAAGGGGACGCACGAGACCUCAAGCACUUCUGUUCCUCUGCAUGAUCCUUUUAUUGAUUGUCCUGCACACUAGCUACAUGAUUUACAGUCUGGCACCACAAUAUGUCAUGUAUGGAAGCCAAAAAUAUAUUGCACAGAGUAACAUCAGUUUUGAAACCAGUUUUGGAAAUUCCUCAACUUUCGCUUCUGUAGAUUGCAAUGCUAAUGCCCCUGAAGAUGAAUGUACAGUGACCCGAACAUACCUUUUUUUGCACAAGUUUUGGUUCUUCAGUACUGUCUAUUACUUUGGAAACUGGGCAUUCAUUGGCGUUUUCAUUAUUGGACUGAUUGUGUCGUGUUGCAAAGGAAAGAAAUCGGUUAUUGAAGGAGAAGUGGAGGAUGAUGAUUCUGACCUGAGUGAUGAUGAUCUUCCAUACGCAUAAGUGUAACGUGAAAUAUUCUCAAAUUCGCUACAAAAGAGAGUUUACAUUGCAUUGAAAUAAAAAAAUGCAAAUGUGUUUUUGAUUUACGUUAGACUAAUCAUGUGAAUAUAUAAUUUGAUGGGCUUAUAUUCAACAUUAAAGUAUUACUAAAUGAUUUUUGCAAGAAAAUAAAGUAUUUACAAAAUAUUUUUUACGGUGGUGGAAAUGUACAGUAUAUAAUCUCUGAACUGCAUUGCUAUGCAAAUUAAUGUCAAUUAUAACCUUACUGUUAAACCUUAUUAAGUCUUUAUUUCAAGAAUAAGUUUGUUCCCAAAGGGUUACAAUUAUAAUUUAAUGUGCAUCUAAUAGUUUAAUUUGAUUAACCGUUUUACAGUUUGUAGAUUGGUUCGUCUCCUUUCAAAUUCGCUGACAUUUUAGUUUAUACAAGUUGAAAUUUGAUGACUUUUCUAUUGCCAAUAAAACAACACUAUGUCUUGUCUGUGGUCAA